AAAAGUUGUUCAGUCUGUUCUCAAUAUCUGAAACAGACACCAGGCAAAGACACCGCUUUUAAGAUGGGUGGAACACAAAGCAAGUGGGUUCUACUGGCUGCUGGUUCCAAAGGCUGGGAGAAUUACAGACAUCAGGCUUGCGUGUGCAAUGCCUAUCAAAUGGUUCAUGCCAAUGGUAUUCCAGAUGAGCAGAUUGUGGUGAUGAUGUAUGAUGAUAUAGCUCACCAUGAGAAGAACCGAGGACAUAAAGGAGAAAUCAUCAAUGAGCCCAAAGGUCCCAAUGUUUACAAUGGAGUUCUGAAGGACUACAUUGGUGCAGAUGUAUCAGUCAACAACUUUCUGGCCGUGCUUCGUGGAGACGAGUCAGGUGUUACUAAGUGUGCAGGAGGUCAAAAAAAGGUCUUGAAAAGUGGUAAAAAUGAUACAAUCUUCAUUUAUCUGUCAAGCCACGGAGGAAAAGGAGUGUUAUCCUUUCCCGAGAAAGAUCUUCAUGCAUCUGACCUCGUUGACACUAUAAACAAGAUGUCGGGACGCCAACAGUUCGCAAAGAUGGUGAUUUAUGUAGAAAGCUGUAAUUCUGGAUCAAUGAUUGCUGAUCUUCCAAAAAACGCACAAGUUUAUGGGGUGUCUGCCUCCACUCCUGAUGAGCCCUCCUGUGCCUGUUUCUUUGAUGAAGACAGAUGCACAUACCUCUCUAACGAAUUCACUGCAUAUUGGCUAUUACACAGCAAAAUGUCUAACCUUACCAGAACAACCUUCCAGGAUCAGUUUGAUUAUUUGGGUGAUAAGGUCUCCCAAUCCACUCCUUGUCAGUAUGGCAACAAUGAGCUUAGCAAACUAUUCAUCAGCAUCAUUUUGGGCUGUCCUGACUCCAGAACUCAGGCAGCGUAUGCGAACAGAGCUAAAACUUUCAAACUAACACAUCUCACCCCAUCACAUGAAGUCCUACCUAUAAUUCUAAGAAAGGAAAUUCAGAGAGAAACAGAUCCUGAGAAAUGGAGAGCUCUAGAGAGAGAUUACUUCAAGCUUCUGCAGGAUGACUGCUGUGUUCUGUCACAAAUGCAUGUAUUUGCAAGCCUUAUUGACUCUGGAGUGAAGGUUGCCAAGCCGCUGGUUACAGGUCUUCGGGGUGAUAUAAAGGUUUCAGGUGCUUUCGAUGCCGCGGCACGGAUCCUGGCGCACCCAAGGCCCUGGACGGAAAAGUGUGUCCAUGGCAUAACGCCGGCUCUGCAACUUCCUUCUGGGGGAGUGGCCGUCCUACCUCACCCCACUGCCACAUUGCUGGAGUGCCAUAGCAUCACUGUGGUUACUGCGUAA